GCUGCGGAUGUGUUUAGUGCGAGUGUCUCUUCUGUCACCAUAGUAUUAAAGUUUGCAGUGCUGCUACACGGUACACGACAGGAACAAGCUCGACUACAGCUGCAAGUACAUCAGAGACAACACACCUAAACACUGGACUCACGAAGGACAGGCUUCUACUAAAUAGUUUUGCUGCAAAAAGAGCUGUGAGCUAAACAAGCUUGUUUCUCAACAAACAGCAAAGAAACCUACCAAAGAUGGGCUGGUUAUGGAGAUGCUCCCACCUCCUGAUUCUCUGUGUACUGCUCAUCUUCCAACUAACAACUCUGAGCAAUUCUCUGUGUAGUCCAACUGAUAGGAGAUGGUCACAGUACACGAUUACCCCACCCCCCAGUGACUUUGAGGGACAGAGCACAGCAGGUGAUUGUACUGGCAUGCCUACUGCCACAUGUAUAGGACCAUUGUUUGGAGGUCGUGAUAGAAUAGCUAAUGGAGACGUGGGCCUACCAGCUCUUGAUGAUGGUACCUUUGUUGGCCAUGCUUGGGAUCAGACUGUCAGUAUCACAUUCACUCUUGUUCCUAUGGACACUGCAUACGUGGAGGGACUCAAUCUCUACUUCUACAACAUUCCCUCUCGAAGAAUUGGACUACCUUACAAUAUCAGAAUAACCUCACCAUCUAGACCUAGUGACCAUCCAUAUCAACUAGAGGGUAAUGAUGACUUGACCCUGGAUGAUAAUGGACUACGAAGUGUCACCCUUAUCCCAGAAUCACUCUCUUUUACUUCUUCCAUGAAUACCAUCACAAUUAUGUUUGAAUUCACUAACACUGAACAGAUCGACUGGCUUCUCUUGACUGAGGUGGAGAUCUGCACAUCAGAGUCAGCCAUAACCCUCCCCAACCCUCCUUCCAUCACCUUCACCCCGGACACUGUGGGGACCAUCUCCCCACCCACCAUCAACUCCUCACUCAGCCUGACCUGCUCUGUCACUGAGGGGCGGUUUGACUGGACCUGGACUCGGCUUACUGGUGACACCCUCCCUCCAGCACGAGUACUCAAUGCUGGGAGGACUAGUGUUCUGGAGCUAUCACAACUCAGCAGUAAUGAUGCCGAUACCUACCGAUGUCUGGCCACUCACACAGUCGGAACAUUUGGAACACCGGUGUCAAAUAGCGUUGAUAUCACCCUCUUACUUCCAGGUACUAUACAAGCUGAGAAUGGAAUGAUUCAAGUUACAGCCAGUGAUGACAGUGCGGUGCUGAGGUGCUUUCUCUCUGGCUACCUUCCUUCAAUGGCUGUUCCUUCAAUAAUUUGGCGACUAUCUAACAAUGAACUAUCCAAUGACUUAGUUAAUACCAUCACGUCCGAGCAAGGAGACAUGUUUAUUCAGAAUGGAAGUGCACAACCUAUACCAAGUUUGACCAGCACACUGACUGUGAAUCUGACAAGAGAUCCACUUACGACUAGCACCCGAAUUUACAAUUGUAUAUCGAGCAGCCAGACGGUCACCCCCCUCGUGCAAACAAUUGUCUUGACCUCUGAUGUUAUCAAUCCUCCUCCUGUUGUCAAUCCUCCUGUCAAUACUACUACCCCAUCUCCCAACCCUCCUAUCACUCCUGAGUCAAGCCAAGGGUUGAUUAUCGGAGUCAUUGUUACCGUCAUUAUACUCUUGAUCAUCAUCAUUGCCUUUGUCAUUGUUAUCAUUAUUUUCGUUAAAAGGAGAGGUCAAAGAUCAGAUGCGUUUGUGGAAGACUAUGACUAUGACAACAAGGGGGGACCACUCUAUCAGGAAGUGAUAUUGAAACCCCGCCCUCCCCCAUUGCCUGCACAUUUCCCACCGUCCCCCCCAGCCUCAGUAAUCGGACCAUACGCUGUCACCGAAAAUGGUGUGGACUCGGGAAAUUUUGAACUGACACAAAUAAAUGGAGGAGAUCGUAAUUCCUGCUACGCUGAGAUAGGCAACCCAAAACCACGACGACUCAAAAAUGAACCGAAAUUUCUACAAGACAAUCCCCUGUAUGCUUCGGCCGAUAAUCUAGAUAGAAGUCUCGAUGCUCCUAAUUUGCCUCACAGACGAUUUGCUAGUGUCAGUUCAAUGGACGAUGUCUCCAACAGCACUCAUGGCAGUAUACUCAAUAUAUACGCUACACCGUUUAAAAUUGCACCCCCUGUCCCGCAAAGACCACCCACUCCGCAACUAUUUGAUGGCAAUGUGUACAGCGAAGCUCUCUCACCAUCCAUGAUGGUAACAGACAAGAGAUACUCUACACCUCCUGGGUUGGGCACUGAAGAGUCUUGUCCUGCUUCAUCCAUUUACGCUGAUCCACAACCAUUGUUGAGAUCCGAGGGCCCAAUCGAGGUAGCCCCUUCGCAAGUUCGAGAGAUUCGAGGGCUUGGUGUCGGGCAAUUUGGACAAGUUGUGUUGGCUGAGACUGUGGGUUUGAGUUUGAAGGAUUUGAAAUUAAGCGAACACAACAAUGAUCGAAAUAUCACCAUCCAAGUGGCCAUCAAGAGACUAAAACCUGAUGCUGACGAAGGAAUCAAAGAGGCUUUCGAGAAAGAGAUCAAAUUCAUGUCUCGUUUAAACCAUAAAAAUGUUGUGCGGCUACUUGGUAUUUGCCCGUAUGGAACUGCCUUUAUCCUUAUGGAAUAUAUGGAGAAUGGAGAUCUCAAUCAAUACCUUCACAAACACUCUGAAGAAGAUAAUGAGAAGCCACUAUCGAAAGAAGCGCUGGUCUACAUAGCCACUCAGAUCUCGGGUGGAAUGAUGUAUCUCGCCACUCUCAAGUUUAUCCAUCGUGACCUGGCCACGAGAAAUUGUCUGGUAGGUAGCAACAACGAGGUCAAAAUUGCUGAUUUUGGUAUGAGCAGAAGUCUGUAUUCUUCCUACUACUAUCGCAUUCGUGGUAGAGCUAUGUUACCUAUUCGCUGGAUGGCCAACGAGUGCUUUUACGGACGAUUCUCAGAGAAAACUGACAUAUGGGCUUUCGGAGUCGCCAUGUGGGAGAUAUUCACUUUCUGUAGUCAGCAACCGUACGAUGAAAUGACCGAUCAAGAGGUCAUCGACGAUGCCAUUCGAGGGGCAGAACGAACACUUUUGGAGCGACCGGAUUAUUGUCCCCCUGAGGUAUACGAAGUGAUGCUGCGAUGCUGGGAGGACGAUCCCGAGUCAAGAGCUAACUUUGAAGAAGUACAUUCUUCUCUGAACGCUAUAUAUGAGCAAAGUGAUCUCUGAUGUGUGUGUAUGUAUGUAAAGCUGUUAGGAAGUAUAAAGUAUACGUAUAUAAUGUGCUGUAUUUUUUUUAUUAGUCCAGUGGUGUGCUUCCAUUUAUUUUCCAUGGAUCAAGCUAUAUUGUGUAUGUUCAAUAUGAUACUGCAUUUUAUUGUUGUAAAAAACAUUUGCAUUGUUA